AUGCUAGCAAAGGAACUUUUGAAUAUUGAAACAAACUACUUUAAAAUUGGCCAUUUGCAAGAAAUCCGAUUUUAUGUCUUUUCAAGUACAAAUUGUGACAAUAACGAUCAAGCAUUGCUUGAAUUGGAACUCAAUAUACGGCACAAGAGUCCUAAAACUUUGUUGACAUACUAUAACAAAAAUUUGUACUACUUUGAAUUAGAUGUUUCUUCAGAUGAGUUGAGCUCAAGCUCGAGCUCGAGGUCAAGUUUGGAGCAUGAGCAUGACAACUUGACACUACAGCAUAAGGACUCGGCAAAAGUCGAGUAUUUUGCAAACCCGGCAAAAACACGCAAUAAUAGCGAUAAAUAUUUGUCGUUUGCCAGCUUGAGCUUCUUGAAGGCAGUGAAGAAAAUGGUUUUGUAUAAUCUAUCUUUGCAAGGCCAGAUAAGGCUCUUUGGGAGCCAUUGUGUCGUAACUCACGACAAUAUAACAUAUACUCCCAUCACCAUCGACCCUUUUUUACUCGAAAAUGGUGAUUUGUUACUAUCUUGUAUCUAUCGCAAGUCGCUAACACUUUUCAGCUCCUUGUUGUUGUAUCCACAAGAGACAGUAAAAGAUUUAAACUUUGUGAUAUACAUCUUACCAAGUGGAAUAAGGUGUCAUUUAUUUGAUUCCGAAAAUCUAAAGAAUAACUUUGUCGAAAAACCCCAGUUUGAUAGUGAAAAACUUUUGAAACUACUCGAGUCCAGUACCCAUACCGAGUUUUUGAAAAGUUCAUUGUGGGUUAAGCUAAUACCAAACUUGAAACACUUGAAUAAUCUGACCUCCCGCAUAUCUAAAUUUAUACAUUCAGUGGAAAACACAAAGUACAUACUAUGGCCCUGGAGCUUAUGUCUAUUACAGUUUGGACACCACGAGAUCAAACCAAGAUUGACUCAAUCACCGCCAAAGUCUUCCAAUCCAAUGAAUUUGCUCUUGGAAUAUUUGGACUUUAAUAUCAGCCGCAAUGCUGAACUUGAAAGACAACAGCAACUACUAAUGCUACAGCAGCAGCAGCAGCGGCAGCAACAGCAACAGCAGCUAGAAGAACAAUUCGAUGAACAACCAUCAAAUCAACUGCAUUAUGGUGAUGACUCUUUUCCCAUCGUGAGUGCCCCUUCAAAUGAAAAUGCAACAGACGCCCCAAGAGAUAUCAAUUCUAUGGAUUUUAACAUCACUACUCCCAUGGGUGUAGACAACUUUGACCUUCAUGUUGCAGGAAAUAUAUUUUCGAAAUCUGCAUCAGAUAUUGUUGAAGAAAAAGAGUCCAAUGACGAUAUGGACGUUGACGAGUUAUUUGGAGACAACAGCCACGAUGACGAUGACGAGUUAUUUGGAGACAACAGCCACGAUGACGAUGACGAUGAUGAUGACGAUGAUAAUGUUGAUGAUAAUGUUGAUGGUGAUGGUGAUGGUGAUGGUGAUGGUGAUGGUGAUGGUGAUGGUGAUGGUGAUGGUGAUAGUGUUGGUGACGACAAAGAAGACCACUAUAUGCACGAGAAGUCGGAAGUGGAAGAGGCCAAAGAAAAAAUAGCUCAAGAGGAUGCACAAGAUAUCACUGAUUUAUUUGAGGAGGGCUCCAACAAUGUAACGCCGCAAAGACAUAAAACUGAACUGGACUUUAGCGCAUCUGCAACUAAAGUCUUGGAAAGUAAUGGCAGAGUGCAUGAUAAUAAACUUUCCUACAUUGAAGAGUUGAAAGAUCGAAUGACGAUAUCCAAGCUUGACAAUCCAGAUUAUGAGGAUCCUGGAGCCCCCGCACCCACGAAUGCAACACCACUGAUUUCCCAUUCAACAAGCACAACAUUUUUUACCUCUUCUUCAGGAGACUAUGCUUCUGAGUUUGCAGCAAAAGAGACCCAUAACGGAAAGCGUAGAAAUCUGCACAAAUCCGUAUUCUCUCCAAUACCAUUCAAUCCAAUAAUCAAAAAGGACAUUGACCUCAAAUAUGGAAAAGGGGGUAAGUUUUAUAUGGAAAGAGAGCCAGAGAUUCCUAGUACUCCGAAGCCAUUCCCUACUGGACGUGAUUUAAACACAAAUGGAGGAGAAAAACUGCAUUUGAAAGGAGAGACGAAUCGAAGAAGAAAUGACGAUCCACAUCUCAGUAAUAAUAAAAACAGCAUAAGCGGUAGUAGUAGCAGCAGCAGCAGCAGCAGUAGCAGUGAAGAGAGUGACGUAGAUGCAGAUGAAAUACAGAACGAAUCGUUUUUGUUGAAAAUGAAUGACAACGACCCCAAUGUUCAUCAUAUCUCAGGAUCUAUUACAGCAAAUCCUGAAUUCGAAAUGCAAUUCCCAGCGUCUAUGCAUGGUAAUGGUGGCGGUAUUGUAUCUUCAGUGAAUUCGGCUUUCUUUGGUUCUCCGGCUAACAAUUCAGCUAGCAGGCUCAUUUUAAAGUCAGACUCACCUUUUCUUCCAACAGAAAUAACAUCAAUAUCACCUUCAUAUAACGAUGUUUCGCAACAAAUGCAACAACAACAACAACAACAACAACAACAACAACAACAACAGCAACAGCAACAGCAACAGCAACAACAACCUUCUCAAUUGAACAGUUCCGGGUUUGAGACAAAAAACACAGCAGGUUUUCAGAAUAAGGUAAACGAAUCGUUAAAUUAUCUACCAUUGAUAUUAAGGAGCGUUUACUUGUCAUCUAUUCCCAAUUGUUUUCUUAUGAACAACUUGGUUUGCGACAAACCGGUGCCAUCAUUCUCCGUAAAUGAAGAUGAGGGGGAAAAUGACUUGGAAGCAGUUAAUGAAGAGUUGAUUGUUAAAGCAAGUCACAUUCAGGAACUUUUGAGUUGCUUGGUACCGAACAUUGUCUACGACUUAGGGAUGGAAGUCGAUUUGCGUUCAAAGUUUGUCUCCCAGGAAAAAGCAAACAAUGAUGAUCUGCAAAAUGAAUCUGAACAUAUAAAUUUGACUGGUCAAUUUGCGGGGAUUCUUCAAAGUGUUUUCCCUAUGUGUUACCAAGUUCCGUUUUUAGAAUUUUUAAAUGAUUUUGAUUCACUAAAAACAAACUCUUUUGAAAAUCAGUUGAACUUUUUAGGAGAGUUGGUGGAUGAAAAUAAUAAUCUUGACGAUUCCAAGAGCCAGGCAGCAGAAGUAUUUGACCGUACUACUUGGAACCUACUUGAUGGUGGACUAGCCAAUAUUAAAAAAUUUGAGAGAUAUCGAGAGUUGAUUAAGAAGUUGGGUACUGAAUCUAGAAAUUUAGACAAGAGCUUUUUCAAAACUCACUCGGUAAAGAGCAGAGUCGAGAAAAACAAACAAAUCAUAAACAUCAACACAAUAGGGCUCAAAUUUUGGAAGUAUUUGAAUUUUGCUCCUUCAAACAACGCAAAGAACUUUCAGAUAUUGCUGAUUGGCGAGACUAGUAUAGGAAAUACAGGUUUUUAUGUUUCUGAUUUCACAGAAAAGCUUGUCAAUAACUACAAAGAUUGCAACCUUGGAGAGAUUUCGAAACUAAGCUUGUCAACAGUCGAGACACGACCUGAUUUAGAUCCUGUGCACAACGGUGUUGCACUCGUGAACUUUGAUCAGAAUCAUCACAAACGCCAUGAGUUUUAUAGUCAAAUGAACAAAAGACUAAUGUCAUUUGUGGAAUUGAUAAAGUUGGAUUUGAUAAAUAAAACAAAUAAUUUUGAGUUUGAUCGUCCGCUUUUGCUACUCAUAAUCAACUUUGAUGAAGGUUUCAAUUCGACGCUACAACUUUGUAAAGUUUUGAGAAACUUCAAAGUUGCCUUGAUAGUCCAUCAAUUACCUUUGGUACAAGUAUUCACCAAGAUAAUUUCGUCCAAAUAUCUAGUGAGAAAAGUUGGAGAGGAAACCAGCUUGAAAGUGCUCAGUAACUACAUGCUAUCAAGGAUUUCUAUGAAUUUGUACAACGAGUGCCCAGAGAAUUUUAGUAAAAAGACAUUGUCAACUUCAAUUUACGCACCUUUGGUGAAACAGCCGCCUUCAAGAAUACAUUUCAAGUUUGUCAAUAGUGGUUACAAAAACAGUAACAAUAGUGAUGAUAGUUUUGUGCAUUUGGCUUAUGAAAGGUCUAUUGACAAGUCAUGGUUUGCAGCUGCGUGGUCUGACCCGCUAGGCCAGAUUACAUAUACGAAAGCGUGGUAUUGCUCUGAGCAGCACCGCUCGCCAACUAGUAGUACCAAGUUGUCAUCGUCGUCAUCGUCAUCGCCACCUUCUUCAGAUAAUAGAUCCACUGGAGGAACAUAUCACAUGGAUAUUGGGAGUAUUGCCGAUGAUAUGUGGAAUAUAUCGACGGAAUUCUUUGCAACUUUGAACAAUCUCAAUGAUAAAAUAGGAUCACCCGUUGCCAAGAAAUUUUUGGUUUUGACUAGAGUCAGUGGUAAUAUUCCCGAUGACGAGCUAGUACACUGGAAAAGGCUAAGCAUGAGGUACAAAGAUGUGUCUUUGAUAGUCCUUUCAACUAGCCAAACGCCAAAUGUAAUGUUUUCAUCUGGACCACCAAUUUUGCAAAACUCAGACAAUGAAGAAAUUUCUCCAAACACACAAGAGAAGGAGCAGUUUUUUAGCUUUAAAAAUUUUACAUAUGGAAGUGCCAACUCACCUAUUACCGUGAGUGCCGAAUCAAUCUUGGGAACGUCUCCAAAUGCAUUGUCGUUUCAUUCGCCUCAACAGUUUUUGAAUGCGCCCUCCAAUUUCCUUUCGCCUCAAGAAUAUCUUACUCCCGGUCCAAAUGGGAACUUGCCCGGAAGUUCAGGUACUCAUUUGUUUGACUCAGAUCUGAUAAUGAGAGAAUCCGAUGAAGAAAUCUACGGGGUCAUACCAAAGGUGAAAUUGCCAUCGGCAAGUUCUCCCAAUCGUCUUGGCAUGAAAGUUGGUUUUCUAGUUAGGGAAUGCAAACCCCAAACAUUACAAGCUGCCACCAUUUUUUUGGCAUUCGAAAUCAAUUUGGUUAGUUGUUCCAAUUAUUGGGACUUGGAUGUCUUGAUGAAACAAUUAAUUGAACAAUAUAAAAACUUGAUAGUAUUGAACGAUGUAUUAGGCACAAGAGAUAUCAAUAGAGCCUACGAAGAAACAAAACCUGGCGAGUGCGAGGUCUCUUCAAUGGUUCCAUGGCAUAUACUAGCCGUUGGAAAGCUAUUGAGGUAUCUUGUUCAUGUAUAUGUUGAUGAGUAG